CAGCACGACCAUCGAACACAGCAGGCAUUCAAGCAAUCAGAGAGCAUGACUGUGCUUGUCAAUGGCCUCAUCCCACUUUGGAAGCUUCGUUAUAUGAACGUCAGGCUGUUUAGUGGUGCCUGAGCCGUCGUUGCUGCUCCACAGCGGGAUUCGCCCUACUGCACAACCCUGGAGUCCUUGAUCCACUGACCAUCAUAAAUACGGCGCAGCCAUGUCGCGUUGGCUGAGAGCUUUUUCGACUACAACGUCGUUGUUCAAUUCCACAAUGGCUUCUCGCCAGCACUCGUUCGAGGUGUUCCGCGAUGUAGCCCCCUCCGAAAGAUGCGCCGACAACUGCUGCUGUCGAACAGGACUGUAGGCCUCGUUCCCACAAUGGGAGCUCUGCACGAAGGUCAUCUCUCGUUGAUGCGACAGGCAGCGGCGGAUAACACCGACGUCUUUGUCAGUAUCUACGUUAACCCAACUCAAUUCGGAGUCAAUGAAGAUCUAGCGAGCUACCCUCGUACGUGGGACAGUGACGUGGCGAAAAUUGAACAAUUGAACGAAGAAUUGUCUCGCCAGGGUGAGAAAUAUGGCCGUGUCACGGCUAUCCUAGCGCCUACGUCUAAGGUCAUGUAUCCUACAUUGCCGCCAUCAUCCGAGGUAGACGGUGAUGGUUCGUUUGUCACAAUCACACCCAUUUCAAAGAAGCUCGAAGGUGCUUCCCGUCCCGUCUUCUUUCGCGGAGUUGCCACAGUUUGCAUGAAGCUCUUCAAUAUUGUCUGCGCCGACCGCGCAUACUUUGGGCAGAAAGACGUUCAACAAACAGUUGUGAUCAAGCGGAUGGUGAAAGACUUCCAUAUCCCGACGGAGAUCAAAAUUGGUGCUACAGUUCGCGAAAGUGAUGGACUAGCAAUGAGUUCGAGAAAUGUUUACCUGGGUUCCAGACGACGUGCCGUUGGUCUUGUUCUCUUCAACGCCUUGAAAGCAGCUGAAGACGCAUACCUGUCUGGCAAAAACAACCGAAACGAGAUUUUGGAUGCCGCCAAUCGCAUGACACGGAAGGUGCUCGGCGAGCAGCAGGCUUUGAAGCCCGCAGAAAGGGCGCUUUACGAGGUUGACUAUAUCUCCCUCGCGGAUCCUGAUACUUUGGAUGAAUUGGAGGUUGUUGAUCGCUCGAGAGGUGCCAUCUUGAGUGGUGCAAUCAAAAUGGCUCCUCUAGAGGCGUCAAAUCCCGGUGAAGAUUGUGGACUUGGUGAUGGGAAGGUACCUGUACGGCUGAUUGACAAUCUGAUCUUGACACCCCGGGUUUGACCGUUCACCAACAUCCAUCGAGUCAUACCUUUGAUGCGACCAUAUUGGGUGCCCUUCUUACAUCACUUAUCGGGGGUUGGAAUAGUGUUUGCAUAUGCCCCGGCGGCAGGGGCAGGUCUUGUAUUACGCAAAAAUUUAGCACAUAUUCAGCCAAAGAAACGUUUGCAUCUGAAGCU